AUGUUCGCAGAUGAUACUAAUAUAACAACAAAAGGUUCCAACGUAGAGGACAUUCAAACGCGUUUAAAUGAUGAUCUAGAACAGAUUCAUCAAUGGUUAUUGGCAAAUAAAUUGACUUUAAAUAAAGAUAAAACAGAAUACAUGAUAAUUGGUUCGCGACAAAGACUAUCAAAGAUUGAAACUGACCCUGUAAUUGAAUUAGGUGAAACAAAAAUUAGGCGUGUUAAGUAUUCGAAAACAUUAGGCAUUAUUAUAGAUGAUCAACCUUUGUGGAAAAAACAAGUGGAAACCACUGUAUCCAAGAUGUCUAAAG